UAUGAACAGUGAAUAUUACAACAUAAAGGGUUUCUUUUUCCUUCGUUUGGAGUUAUUUUGCUGCUGGUAGAAACCUGGCUCAUUGUGCAAGGAAGGAGGGGACAUCCUCUGCAGGUAAUUCCACUGCUUUGAGGUGCUCCUUGCCUGUUGGCAAAGGCUGUCUGGGCUCAGAGACUGACCCCACAGAUCCAGCGAUUGUGAUUCUCAGCUCAACACCUCUGAAAGAGGCUGCAGAUGUGGCUCCCUGCCCACAUGUGAACUUCAGCCAAGACUCCCCUACAAGGAGCUCAGCCCUCUGCAUCUCCUGGAUACCUGAAUUCUGCCCUGGUCACACCCUACUGGGUUUUGUAAGACUAUUUAGGAAGAUAAAUUUCCCUCAGUAAAACACAGAGAAUUGGAAUGAAAAAAAAAUAAUGGCCCCAAGGGAAGAAUUUGUGACUGACACAAGUGGGGAAGAUCCUUUAGGAGCAUCAUGUAUGGUCACAGCAGCAGAGCCCCAGGUCCUCUCCAUCUCCGCCUAUUUAUAUGCUACGACAAGAAGAUGUAUUUAAGGCUCCCAUAUUUUUGCAUUAGAAUUUGAUGCUCUGGGAAAAGCAGCCAUAUGUUCUAGACAUAGCAGGUUUCUAUUGGAAUUCACACAUUCUGAGUGUGGCACUAUCCUCCAAAUGGUACUUUUAUUGUCUUUUUUCUUAAGAUAGCAAGCUUCUUCUAGGGUCAGGACUGCCCCCUGGCAUUCAUUGAUACACCAUCCAUCAGCUCUCUUGGUAGGUCAGGCAUCUCAAGUUAGCCUAACUCGCCAUUCGUCUUCAUACUAAUUAUGAUUGCAACGGCAUGAUAUUUCAACUACAGGGGACACAUUACAGAUAGCUCCUACGUGGAACAGUCAGGCUGGGAAUGGCCGGCAGGGCUACUUGUACUAAGAGGAGAGGACGGCUAGCUCCUGUCUGGCCAUUCUCCUCGUUUGAGACAUCAUCAUUAGAUGCUGCUCUAAAGACCUAAGGGAGAUGUGCCCAGGACAAGUGCAUGGUCCCGUUCCUUCCCACUGAGGCUCAAUGGCCCAGCAAAGCAUGAAAGUGAGGCCUGUGCUGCUGAAGCGAAACAGUCUUGAGUCGGUGGAGCUUCUAAAACAACCUCACCACCGCAGGAGCAAAUCCCAGCAAGUGCGAUUCAAGGAAGAUGGAAACACUAAGAGCCCAACCGGACUAACCGAGGUCGAUGGCCAACCUCCCGAAGACCCAGGUGUGAUGGGGAAGACACAGACAUCCAGGCACCAUCACCCUCCUACCUACUCACUGUCCUUCCCCAGGUCCCACAAGGCAGGGGGCUCUCGGAGCAUUUCCAUCCAGACCUCCCCCAGUCUCAGGAAGCAUUUCCCAGUUUUCAAAAGGAAGAAACUCACAGCUAGCAAGUCUCUGGUGGAAAUGCCAACAGCAUCCCCAAGUGCCAUCCAGGUCAAUGGCAACCUCUCUGAACAGGACAUCGUGUCCUCUGACCUUGCCUACCUGAAGCUGGCUCAGCAUCUUGAGGAUGGGCCUCGAAGGGUCAAAAUGUCCCACCCAUUUCCUCCUAGGAUGCCCAAGGUGCAAAGCAAUGGACCUGUUAGCAUCUGCCUUGAAGCUGGGACUUGGAGAGCCUUGGAGAAAACAACAGCUGCCAUUCAAGUCCCAGAUGAUAUUUACCACAGUCCAACCUGGGACACUGGAGAGCCUGCUUUCAGGCCAGACAACUCAGCUGAAGUCAGCAACUCCCUACCCCCUUUGGUCACCACGUGUCCAGGUGAUGAGAAAAGAGUGCCGACAUCAGAUUCUGAAAGAUCUCCCUCCUGCUUAAAUGCCACCAACAGUGCCAACACCAUGCCAGGCACAGGGAAACUCACACCUGAAUUACUUUUGUCCAAAGACAUCUCCGAUGACACAGACCUUGGCCCUUUCUCAUCUCAAUCAAAGAAAACAUGUGUUCCCUCACCACCACGGACUCACAGCUCCCCUACACCUGGCUCCCACAGCCAGCCAGUCCAUGCAGGAAGAGCCUCAGAUUGUCUAGCAUUAAGUGACAAUCACCAGGAUCUGGAAUCACUCAAAAUUAGCAGUGCGUCUAAGUCUGCUGUCAUGUAUCAGGAGCAGGUGACAAAGCUCCCUGGCCUGUCAGACAGCCCAGAGCUUCAGACUUUUCUUGGAAGUGAUCACCUCUCUUUCUCCCUUCCGAGGCAUGAGAGCAAACCUCAGAGCAGUAGAGAAACUGGUGGUGGUAAUCAUAGUCACCUGGCACGGGGGGAACUCUGUGACCUCCAAGGCCGGCUACAAUCUGUGGAAGAGUCUCUGCACUCAAACCAAGAGAAAAUUAAAGUCCUACUGAAUGUGAUUCAAGACUUAGAGAAAGCCCAUGCUCUCACUGAAGGACGCAACUUUUAUCGAACUGGCCAAGAUCUCAACAACUGUAGCACCUGCCAGAACACAGCGUGCAUCAUAUACAGUGUAGAGUAUGAUUUCCGGCAGCAGGAAGGCAGGUUCCACGAGGUUCUACAGAGUUUGGAGGAAGUGGAACCGGCUGAGGCAGCAGCAUCGCCACCAAAGUCUCCAGCGGAAGCCCCAGUCCCUGAGAAACAGGACCUACGGCGGAAAACCAAAAAGGUGAAGAAGAAAUGCUUCUGGUGGAUCUGAAAGGAUUGGGGCCUUCCAUGUUCCUUCCUGAGAUGGGUGCCCCCUGUUCUCAAGGCCUCCCUGUUCCCCAGCAAAGGCCCAGGCUGAGCCCCUUGACCUGUGAUACAGGAGCCCCUCAGAGCUGGUAUGGCCACUGUUGGACAUCUGGUCACCAACCUUACCUGAGUGUGUGUCAUGCCAUUGCUUGCUGAGGACUUUGUGGACACUGGUAUGGCCACAAGCUGAGCUCCCCGUCACAUAUGGCCAGGCCACAUCCUCAUCUGCUAAGUGCAGAUUCUCACCAUGAACAAACCUCCACUACACUUCCCCACACCUCCAUGACUCAAGCACUUCCUUCCUACCUUGAAUUCACCAACCCCAAAGAAACAUAAAUAUGUGUUGUGCACUGCAGAAAGUUAAAAACUAACUGUAUAGCCUAGAAAAUAUCAGAUAAUAAACUAGCCAUGUUCUAGGACUCAGUGCACAGAAGGACAACAGACGUGAUCAGUGCCUACAAAUGCUAGAUCACCCUGGAGUGUUGAGUUUCCAUCACUUUCCACUAGCCCUUAGAUUCCAAAUGAAGGGGCUGUCUUCUUGUGAAGUGUGGGUCAUGCAGGGUUCCAAGAGUAAAGUGCCCACAGGACCUGCAGUGUGAGAGUUAUGUGGGACUGGAAUUCAAAAGGGUUUCAUGGCUGUAGCUUUCCUAGGGCCACCUAAAUGAUUUUGUGUCUCUGAAUGAGGCCUAAGACUCCUUAGCAAGUCAGGGAAACCGGACAGGCAUGAACUUUAGGGCUCCAUAGUUUAUUUACCUGCAGCAUUGAUGAUAAGACUCGGUAGCCUGUCAGUACAUCUUGUGACAUUAAUAAGUCUGUGAUAAAACAGCACUUUUUCUUGUCCAUUCACCCCAUAACAGUCAUGAAGAUAGGUCCAAACAUGUUACUCUACAUUGUUUCCCUUCCUGGUGACCAAGCUACGGUCACAUGAUCUAGGAAGCAGCAGGGCUGGAAAUGAGAAUCUUGUUCUCAUCAUUUUAGGAUGAAACUUCUUUCUUGCCCAAAGUCCGACCUCUUUAAUAUCUGGCUUAUUCUUUCAACAACACGGCCAUACAU